AUGAACCUCGGCGAUGACUGGAGUACAUCGGAAGACAUUACUCGGGCCUUGAUUCGGGCCUUAUUCGAUUGCGUUAAUGAUGCUGCGGCGGAAUGCUUGGCGGAAAUGGAGCGUGAGCGUGAAGCGGUGGAGCAGGCGGCGGCGGCGCAGAUCCCUCAGCUGAUUCGGCGUCAGACGUAUGUCCGCCGCGAGCACGACGUAGCUCACCAACGUCUAUUCGACAACUAUUUUGCCGAGCAACCACGUCGGGAAGAUGGCAUCAGCAGACCCGGACUUACGCCGUUGCAGAAGUGCACAGUUGCGCCCCGACAGUUGGCCUACGGCACCACAACGGAUAUGUUCGACGAGUACCUUCACGUCGCGGAAAAAGCUGGCCGCAAUUGCCUAAAGAAUUUUUGUAGGGGAAUUGUGGAGGCUUAUAGCAACACAUAUUUGCAAAGGCCGACUGCUGAGGAUUGCCAGACCCUGAUGAAGAUGCACGAGACGGUGCAGAGCUUUCCUGGAAUGCUAAGGAGCAUCGACUGUAUGCACUGGGAGUGGAAGAAUUGUCCGACGGCGUGGAGAGGCCAAUUUACUAGUGGAUACAAGGGCAGCCACCCGACGAUGAUCCUCGAAGCCGUCGCUGACCAUCGGCUCUGGAUCUGGCAUGCUUACUUCUGUGUAGCGGGGUCGAACAACGACAUCAACAUCCUCAACUCAUCCAACCUCUUCGCUGAUCAAUGCAGGGGUCGCGGCCCGGCCAUCGAGUUCACUACCAACGGACGCCAAUGUCAUAUGAGGUACUACUUGGCCGAUGGCAUAUACCCAAGGUAG